AUGACUUUACCUCUCACCUCUGCUGCCGCACAGAGCCAAGCCGUACCCCCGUCCACCACCAGCUCCUUCCAACACCCUGCCAAGGACAACGCCGCCACCAGGAGCAGAGACGACAGGUACUUCCCCGAGCCGUCCGCCCAUACCAGCCGCCACGCAUCGCCCGCGAACUCGCUCUCUAGACCCUCGUCGCCAUCACUGCACCGCCAACUGGCCCCGAUCCAACCGCGCGACGCCCACGCCAGCCCAGCCGGCAUCGCCUUGGCCCCGCUUCGAGGCUCUCAUCUUAGCGGCCUCCAUCCCGACUCGACCUCCAACCCACCGUCCAGGUCCAACUCGCCCUUGCCAUACGAGAACCGGCCUGGCGCCCAGCGUCACGACUCGCCAGCCUCGGUCCGCCACAGCCCCAGGCCAGCGACCCCUUCGAGUGGACCUCGUACUCAGCAAGGCAUCUCGCUGCCUCCCAUCUCUGCAUUGCAGAGGGGCGUUCCUUCCGCAUCGCUGGGCGAAUCUUCGCGACUUCCCCCAGUCGGCUCGCCGAACCUUGGCGCGAGCCAUCACAACAGGGACCCUCGAGAGGCCACACACCCCUUCAUGGGAGCCUCGUUCCGAGCCGGCAGUCCCGCCAACUCGGUCGCUUCAUCCUCUCACGCCUUCCACGAUCGUUCGAGAGCCUCUAGCAUCGCUGGCCUGCGCGACGAAGCUGCAAUGAUCGACGUUGGCAGACCCGCUCACGACGAUCGCGUCCGCAUAGUGGCCGAACAGGGGCACGUCGCCUCGCACCGCCGACCGGAGAUGCCGUCAAUGCAGCACCGCGGCGAAGCGAGUCGCGGCUACCACUCGGCGGCCAAGCCGAAUGGCGGAGGACUGUCCUACGACCAGCAGCACCACCUCGACGACGGCGCCGCUCGGUCGCUCUACGCACCGAUACGGGCACCACCUGCUCGUUCCGACCGCUCGCCGGGCAGCAAUGGCGUUGGCGCAGAGGGACACGAGCAUCGCAGUCCAACUACGCCGGCCCAGCUGCCGGUGCCCCAGCGCGGCAACAGGGAAUCCUCGCCGAACAAGCUCUCGCCUUCGAUGUCGCAGAGCUCGGGCCUGCAGUGCUCAAACUGCGGCGUCACCUCGACGCCGCUGUGGCGCCGGGCUCCCGACGGUAGCACGAUCUGCAACGCCUGCGGGCUAUACAUGAAGUCUCACAGCACGCACAGGGCCGCAUCUUUCCGUCGUUCGACGACUGCCGAGUCUCCGCCGCGGACCGGCAGGGCAGCCAUGGCGCCUCCCGUUCCGACGGUGCGCCGCGAGGAUGAUCCCAAGUCUGGUUCGUGCCCCGGUGAUGGCUUCUGCAACGGCACAGGCGGUACGGCAAGCUGCAGUGGCUGUCCGGCCUACAACAACAACCUUUCGCAUGCCAUCAAGGCGAAUCAUCGCUGUGGCGGUGCCGGCCGCGCACCAGAACAAAGCACCGCGGGCGCUGUUCCAGCCGCCGGUCAGCCAGAAGGCAGCAGGGCACCGACGGCGGCGACCAGCACUGACGUGAAAGCUGCGGCGCCGGAGGAUGCCAAGGUCGAGGAUCCGUCCGGUGUGGUCGGGGCGUUGCGAUGCACCAACUGCCAGACCACCACCACCCCGCUCUGGCGACGCGACGAGGACGGCAACAACAUCUGCAACGCGUGCGGCCUGUACCAAAAACUGCACGGCACUCAUCGUCCGAUCGGGAUGAAGAAGAGCGUCAUCAAGCGCCGCAAGCGCGUCCCCGCAAACGCAUCUGUCCAGCCCACCGUCGACGGCGACGGCAGCGGCGGCAGCGGGAGUGGUCACCCGGCCAUCGCACCGGCCGCGGGCAAGGUGUCUGACCACGCUCCCUCGGCGGCCGAAGCACGACGUGGCAAGAAGGCGCAACCAGCGGGCGAGCAGGCGUUGAGGGAGGCCCGGGACCGGGAAGCCGCCAUGGCUCUGAUGGAAGUGGGCGCUGGCGGCAGGGCAAACUCAUCCCGUCCCUCGGCUCGCCUCAGCCCCGGAAAUGAUCCACUUCCGAGCUCGGCGGCAGAACAGCUCGCCGCGGACAAGCCCCGAUCCGGCACGGGGGAACUGGGCACGCCGAAUGCCGGCGCUCGGCCGACGAAGCGGGCGAGGAAAUCGCAGCCUACCAACGCCAAGCAGCCGCAGCAGCCAAUCCAGGCAGAGGUCUCGGCGGGGCCGCCUCACAGUCUUUCGGAAGGCCAACCUAUGGACCUAGCGGCGCCCGUAAUGGGGCCAAUGGACCUCAUCACCACCAUCAUGCUCAUCAUCACCACGCCGUCGCGCACGCCCAGCAUGGUGGUCACGGAGCGCACGUAG